ACUUACAUCUUCAGUGUCUUUGGCAUCUUCGAAAAAGUAAAAUAUUUUUAUUAAAGUAAAACAGCAACUCGGUUAUCAAAAAUUUUUAAGUGUUAAUCAUGGCAUCUAUUAAGUGUUUAUUGCUUGUAUUUAUUCUAUUACUUGUUGAUCACGCUUUUGCUCGUCCAGUGUGUGGAGAUACUGAAGGAAAUAAAGACAAUACACAAGAUAAAAGCACUGCAGGAUGUGAAAACCAUACAGAAAAUGUAAACAAUGGAGAAAAUGUAAACUGCAAAGGAAAUAUAAAUUGUUUAGAAAAUUUAAAUAAUGGAGCAAGUGGCAACAACGUAGCAAAUGGAAACAAUGUAAUAUAUAAAAAUAAUGGUGGAAGUAGUAACAAUGUGGAUAAUGGAAAUAUUGGAGGACAUAAAACCCAAAUUGGAGGACAUAUUGUUUCAAAUCUUAAAACUAAUGGAAAUUAUUUCAACAAUGGAAACCAAGGAAGCAAUGGAGGAUAUGGAAAUUAUGGUGGAUGGAGCAAUAACGGAGGAAGUGGAAACAAUGUAGGAAAUAAAAACAAUAUAAAGUAUGUAAACAAUGGAGGAGCUAGUAACAAUGUAGGAAAUAGUAACAUUGGUGGACAUAAUUAUCAAUUUGGAGGAAAUAUUGUUUCAAAUACCAAUGCUUUUGCUAUUAAUGGAUAUAAUGGAAAUAGUGGAUAUAAUGGAUACAAUGAUAGACAUGAAAAUAAUGGAGGAUUUGGCAACAUUGGAGGAAAUGUAAAUUGUAGAGGAAAUGGAAAAUGUACAGAAUUAGGAAACAAUAGUGGACAUUUUGUUGUAAAUGCCUAUAGUAAUGCACAAGCUUCUUCUUCGUGGAAUGGUAGUUCGGAAUCGAAUUUCAAAGCUGGUCAAGGACAUGUAUCUUCCGCCUCUGCAUCGGCUUCAUCCUCAACGUUGAGUUGAUUUUCAUUGACUGAUUUUUAAGAUAAUAAUGACUAAGGCGACUGUAAUAAUUAAUAAAUUUACACCUGUGAUUAUUUAUUGUACUCAACUCUGACUAUUAGAAAAUAAAAUAUUUUUUGUAAAAAAAUUAAA